AUGUCUGAAGUUUACUGCUUCUCUUUUGCCACCUUGGACGAUUCAAACUUUACUAUACAAAUUCAUUACAACAUGGUAGGUCUUUGUAUGGUUGAGAAUGAGUUUGACUACGACUCCGAGGUUUCGGAUGAAUUUUACGACGAUACAUACAAUGCAGAUGAUGAGUUUGACGACGACUCCGAAGAAGACUCUGGAGACGAUCAAGACGUCUCCGACGAAGAUUCUGAAGACGAUUGUGAGGACGAUUCAGACGAUCUCGAGCAAAAUUCUGAGGAAUAA